UGGCAAAGGUAGGGGGAAAUCAUGAGUGGGCUGAUUUAACUUACGGGACAAGGAGCGGUGACGGCAGGGGGUCACGGUGCAACUUAUCAGGUAGGAUCUGGUCCUUGGACGAAGCCAAUCUCAAGGAAUCUCGAAGAAGACUUGUCCACCUUAGUUUGGGAGGAACUCCACUGGGAAGAGGGAAAACCAAGAGAAAGAGAAAACUGGGAUAAAAACGAGGUUGGAAAAUCAAAGCUGUCAGUUCCAAGAGAAGUCAAAGGAGCUGCUGUUAAUGCAACAUGAUCUGGUGCGUCUUAUCCUAAAAAUACCUCUGUUCAGGCAGUGGUCGCUGUCUCCGUCCUGCCUGAUACCUGCUCAUCAACAAUUCCUUUUUCAGACAGCCGACACCAGAUAGCAUCAGUUUUAGAAUAUUCAACAGCUGCACAGAUGUUACUAAAGUUUUUAUGUUUCAGCCUGGAGUCAAAUGGAUGGAUUAUAACUGGACCUGUUGAUUUUAGGCCCUAACUAUUUACUCGCCUACACGUCCAACCAUGAGAAAGGCUGAUGUAGCGAUGACCCUGAAGAAGGGGGCCGAUGAAGCAGCAGCGCCCCAAAGUCCCAUCAUCCCACCCAAACGGUCCAAAACGGCCCUGGAGCAGGUGGUUCCCGAAUCCCGGGGCCCCGGCCAUCCCGACCCGUCUCCUCCCGUUUUCAUCCGGAAAAUGAGGAACGCCGCGGUGGGAACUGGCUGUGACAUCCGCCUGAAGGUGACCGUGGUUGGGGACCCCCAGCCGUCCCUGUACUGGUACCACAACGACGAGCUGCUCAACAUGGAGAACCAGGAGUACGGAGGCCUGUGGAUUAGGGACUGCAAGCCCAGCGAUGCCGGUCUCUACACCUGCAUCGCCAACAAUCACCUGGGAGAAGCCCGGACCAGCGCCGUGCUGGCCGUCCUGGAUCUGGGUGAAGACUCUGAGACAACAGAAGAUGAAGGUGGCGACCAGUUCGAGACCAAAGAGGACCGCGGGGACGCCGAGGACCAGGCCGUUCAUGGUGUGAUGGAGAAAUGUGGAACACAUGGACACGAGGAUCUCUCUACCAGAAGCCAAGACGAUUUCGCAAGAGAAUCUCCUCCCCAAGUUCUUCCACCGCCAUCGCCAAGGCUGGUCAAGCGUGGCCCGUCCUCUCCGAUGCCAAGCCGCUCUGGUUCAACCACUCCUGUCAGCUCGCGUAAGAAAACUGUUGUGCCAACUGAAUACCAAGACACGGUUCCAGGAGAGUUUGAGGAAAAGACAAAGCAGCCAAAAAGUGUUUCUCAGGGAGAUGGCCAGGACUCCAGGCCACAGACCCCACUGAGCGAGUAUUCCCGAAAAGAGUUCAACCUCAGACCUUCUCCGAAGCUUACAAGGGCAAGCUCAAAGGUUUUCGAGAAGGUCCGUGGCUUAGAGGAGCGGCGGCGAAGCCUUGAUAUUCCAGAAGGUUCUGUCUCGGGAAGGUCCUGGGCAGGGUUCAACCGUGCUGGGUCGGUAGAUUCAGACGACGGUGGAAGCCGGUUGGGCAUCUCCAGGGAGAGUUCAAGAGAAGAUCUUCGAGAGGCUUUGAAAGAGGAUGCUGCUGAACGGAGAUCCAUGUUUAAGCAGAGAGCUGCUUCCCUGGAGGAGAAACCUCGCUACUCUCAAAAGGUUCAGGACAUUGAGAACAAGUUCACGGAAGAGCUCCAGCGCAUCAAGAAGCUGGUUGGGAAACCCCAUCUAAAGAAAUCCUUCUCCACCGAACAGCUCACCCUGAAGGGGAGGCAGCGCCAGCCUUUCAGGAAAAUCGAACCAAUUCCUCCACAAGUUCUACAGAAGCUGCAAGAAAGAGAACGCGCUCAGUGGGAAAAGGAGCAAAGGGAGAAGGACCUGAGUCAGCAACAGAUGCAGCAACAGCAGCAGGAACUGCAUCAACCCCAGAAGACAACAGCAACUGGCCCAACAGCGGGGAGAUUCAGAGACCCCCCAGGGCCGCCGGAGUCGGUGCAGCUAUCAGAGCUGCCGGGACAACGGUUCGUCCGGGAGUUACACAGAGUCAGUCCGGUAACAGAAAUACUUCCCAGGUCGUCUUCACCAGCAUUACAUCAACAGCAAAGGGCUGAGUCGCCCAAUGUCACAAUGACACUGCGUAAGGUUGAGCGACGGCCCCCAAGUCCGCUUGUUCAAAGAGUUUCUCGAAUGCAAGAAUCGCCUCACAGCCAAGAGCCAGAGACAGGGAGGAAGACGCCCGUUGAGGUGGCAGUGAGAAAAAUUGAAAACAGACCUGAAAGUCCUCUGGUGCAGAAAAGGGCUGUCAUUAUGCAAGAUCUUCACCUUCAGCCUCGUCCAAAAUCUCCACGAGUAACAUCCGUUACCCCAACAGAGGCCGUGAUGGAGGUGGAGGUGUCCAAACCGGUUCCACGGUUAAAGGUCCCUACGAUUAUUGUUGAAGAUGAGAAAAUGGACGAGGACGUUCCUGCAAAGACAAAAGAGCCCAAGCAGACGAGUAUAAGUGCCAAGCAGGGAAAACCUCCGAAGACGAAAGGGAAGAGCCGCCGUUCUCGCCCUCUGUCUCCAGAGUUAGAUUCCUCAGACGAUUCGUACGUCUCUGCUGGAGAAGACCCGAUGGAGGCUCCCGUGUUUGAGUUUAGCCUCCAGGAUACCGUAGCAUCCGCUGGGGCAGACGUGCUACUGAAAACCAUAAUCGCAGGAACCCCAUGUCCUGAAGUUACCUGGACAAAAGACAACAUGGACGUCACAGGCAUGCCAAGCUACCUGGUCAAAGUGGAAGGCGAACGACAUAGUCUGCUCAUAAAAUCAGCUAAAACAGCUGACAGUGGGAAAUACUGCGUGACUGCAGUUAAUCAGAUGGGAAGAGCCUCCAGCAGCGCCACACUCACUGUUAAAGCAGACUCUGUGCAGGAGCUAAAAGGAGGUUUGGGUGUGCCGAUGGAAAUCAGCAGCCCGAUAACUUCUGAUGAAGAGUAUUUAAGUCCUUUGGAGGAAGCCAUGGACUUCGGAGCUCAAGAGCCGAGACGAACUAUUGACACAAGAUUCAGGGAACCUCCUGCUUUUCUGGCAACAAUGGCCGACCAAUCUGUCAGUGAAGGACAGGAAGUCACCAUGUCUGUUCGGAUUGCAGGACAGCCGAAGCCCAUGCUCUACUGGCUGAGGGACAGAGUGACGGUGAAGUCAGACGCCCGUCACGUCGUUCGGGAGGCGGCGGACGGCGCCUUCGAGAUGACCAUCAGGUCUGCGGCCAAAUCCGACUCUGGAGUUUAUACGUGUCGCAUCAUCAACGAGUACGGCACCAAGCAGUGCGAAGCCAGGCUGGAGGUCAAAGCUCCUCCGGUCGAGCCGGGUCUGUCCGUCGUUCGCCCGGUGAGGGACAUCACGGCGAAGGCGGGAGAGACGGUUCUGUUCGAGUGUCACGCCGUCGGGCCGAAGGACACCGACGUGGACUGGCUGGCGGACGGGAAGCUGAUCCAACCCGCCCUGCUGAACUGCAAGAUGCACUUCGACGGCAGGAAGUGCCGCCUGUUGCUCAACUCCGUCCACGAGGACGACAGCGGGACGUACACCUGCAAGCUCAGCACCGCCAAAGAGGAAGUCACGUCAAGCGGGAAACUCAAAGUGAUUCCGUCACUGGAGCCUCUGUUCACUCGGAAGUUGGACGUUCUGGAAGUGAUCGAGGGUCGAAACGCUCGGUUCGACUGCAAAGUGAGCGGGACGCCGCCGCCGAACGUCCUCUGGAGCCACUUUGACCAGCCGCUCAUCGAAAGCGAAGACGUCAGGAUGGUCCAGGAGGGCGGCCGCCAUUCUCUCAUUAUUUCCCACGUGACGAGUGACGACGAAGGUUUUUACACCAUCCGAGCCCGAAACGCUCACGGAGAAGCCGAGAACUCUGCUGAACUCUACAUCCAAGAGCCGCGGCCGGCCAUCUCCUCUCAGAUGGCCAAACUGGAGAAGAUGCCCUCCAUCCCAGAGGAGCCCGAGGUCCCGGAGAACGAGGUGGAGCGCUUCACCAUGCCCGACUUCAUCAAGCCUCUCUACGACCUGGAUGUGAUCGAGGGAAAGGAGGCGGUGCUGAAGUGCAAAGUGGCCGGGCUGCCGUACCCGACCAUCGCCUGGUUCCAUAACGGCCGGAGGAUAGAGAGCACCGAGGACAGGAAGAUGACGCAGUUCCGUGACGUUCACAGCCUGGUCAUCCGCUCUGUGUGUCACGCUCAUGGAGGCGUUUAUAAGAGCGUGAUCGCCAACAAGGUGGGAAAGGCCACCUGCUAUGCACAUCUCUAUGUUACAGAUAUUCUUCCUGAUCCUCCUGAUGGUACUCCAGUGAUUGAGUCCAUCACUGGAAAAACCAUCACUUUGAGCUGGAAGAAACCCAGAAGGUUGGACCCUUCCAUUGAUCCCAACUCCCUGAUGUAUGCCAUCCAGCAGCAAGCACUCGGCUCCAUCCAGUGGAUCAUAAUCGCCUCUGGUCUGAAAGAAACCACCUACAUCAUCAGCACCCUCUCCAAAGGCGUCCGCUACGCAUUCAGGGUCCUGACCAUCACCUCCAAAGCCUUCAGCAAACCCUCCCCGGCCACCGAUCCGGUCCAGCUCCUGGACAGAGGUCCAUACCUUCAGGAGGCUCCAGUGAUCAUUGAUAAACCAGACAUCGUGUAUGUGAUUGAAAACCAGUCAGUCACAAUCUCCAUCACUCUGAAUCAUGUCAACACCGCAGUCACCUGGAAGAGGAAAGGAGUAACUCUGACCAACAAGCCCGGCUUGUAUGAGAUGGCGAUGCCAGACGACGACCAGCACACGCUGAAGCUGCUGAAGGUGAAGAGUUCGGACGUCGGUGAGAUGACCUUUGUGGCCACCAAUGAGUUUGGAAGCGACAGCUGCAGCUUCAGCGUGGAGACGGCCGCUCCGCCAACAUUCGAGACGAUCAUGGAAGACCUGGACGUCUGUUCCGGGGAGACGCCUCGCUUUGCUGUGGUCGUGGAGGGCAAACCUGUCCCUGACAUCCUCUGGUUCAAGGGGGACCUCCUGCUGUCAGAGAGCAGUCACUACACCUUCGUCUAUGAUGACAACGAAUGCUCCCUGGUGGUCCUGAACGCGCACCCUGAGGACUCCGGCGUGUACACCUGUACGGCCCGAAACCUGGCCGGAUCUGUGUCCUGCAAAGCCGAACUCACCGUUCAUCAGGCUAAGAGGAAGGAGGAACCCAUUGAUGAUGAGGAGAGUAUCCUGAGGAAGAUGCGCAGACUGACCGAUUACUACGAUAUCCACAAGGAAAUUGGAAGGGGAACGUUUUCCUACGUGAAGCAGGUGAAGCAGAAAGCCACCAAAAUGGAGUACGCCGCAAAAUUCAUCUCGACUCGAGCGAAAAGGAAGGCGUCGGCUCUGAGAGAGAUGAGACUGCUGUCCAAGCUGGACCACGAGAGAGUCCUCUACUUCCACGACGCCUUUGAGAAGAAGAACGCAGUCGUCAUCAUCACAGAGAUCUGCCAUGAGGAGCUGUUGGACAGAUUCAACAGGAAAUCCACCGUCCUGGAGUCUGACGUGCGUUCAUGUGUGCGACAACUGCUGGAGGGACUGGACUACCUUCACCAUCUGAACAUCAUCCACCUUGACAUAAAGCCCGAUAACAUCCUCAUGGCGGAUCUCCAAAGCGAUCAGAUCCGUUUAUGUGAUUUCGGAAACGCCGUUGAGUUCACGCCUGAUGAGGCUCAGUACUGCAAAUACGGCACGCCCGAAUUUGUUGCACCAGAAAUCGUCAACCAGACGCCUGUUUCAAAAGCCACCGACAUAUGGCCUGUUGGGGUUAUAUCGUACCUGUGCCUGACUGGAAUCUCCCCGUUUGCCGGGGAAAGCGACCGUAGCUCCGUCCUGAACAUCAGGAACUACAACGUGGCUUUUGAAGAGAACAUGUUUGCUGAUCUUUGCCGAGAGGCGAAAGGGUUCAUCAUCAAGCUGCUGGUAGCGGACAGGCUGAGACCCGAUACUCAGGAGUGUCUUCGACAUCCGUGGUUCAAGAUACUAAGCAAGGGGAAGGCCAUCAGUACAGAAGGUCUGAAGAAGUUUGCUGCUCGCAGGAAAUGGCAGCGUUCCAUAAUUGGCUAUAAAUCAAAAAUGGUCAUGAGAUCUAUACCAGAGUUGCUGAACGAUUCCUCAAGCCACACCUCGAUUGCCGUCCAGAGGCACCAGAAAGAAGGCUCACCCCUGCCAUCUUCAUCGUCUGAUUCAGACGAAGACAUUGAUGAACUUCCUUUUAUUCCAAUGCCACUCAACAUGGAUUUCUCUGGAUCAAGAAUGUCACUGAAUGACAUUCAGACCAAUGAGCAGGAAUCAGGAAAGGAGAAUGGAACAAGUUUAUCUUCCCAAGGUCUGGAGGCCAUGGAGUUUGACUCUCAGGAGCAGGAAACGAUAAGAGGCGAGGCCAGGGGGAAAGGCUGUCUUCGGAAACGAUCAUCGGAAGACAACGACAAGGGUUUCUCAGAGGAAUCACCUCUGAGUGAACUGAUCCAAAAGUCAGAACAAUCCAGAAAACCCCUUAGAAGAGGAUCAAGCAUGGAGUCUGACAAGGUGGAAGGAGGCCGGAAAAGAGGGGAACUACGGCGUGGUGGUUCGGCCGACAGUGCUUUGCUGCUUCGGAUUACACCUGAGGAAGGAGCGGGAGAAGAAAACCCUGAGGAAGGACGGAGAGUCCUAAAGAAAGCUGUCUCCAUGGAAAUACCGAGGAGGAGCACCAGCCCUGGAACCACAAAGAUGAGUCAGGAAGACUAUGCUCUAAAACUGGAGCUAAUGAGGCAGCGACUGCUUCGUGGUGGUUCUGUAGACAACAAGAUGAGUGGCCUGAGAGGACCUCUUUUAGAAACAUUAGGGAUGGGAGACGAAAAGCGAGCAAUACCUUCAGAUCGCUACUCUCGCACUACUCGUCUGGGCCCACCUCCACUUACCAGGGCUGCAUCCAGUGACUUUCCAAGGGACGAGGUGCCUAAACCUAAAGUUCUACGUAAAAGCACUUCUUUCAGUCAAGGGGAUUCAGAACCUAUAGCUUUACAUCGACGAUCAGGAGCACCUUUGGAGAUUCCUGUCGCACAAGUAGAAGAAAGGCGGCUUAAAGAAGCAAUUUCCAUGUCAGCUCUAACAGAGCAAACCAAGCUAGACUCCCGUCCAGAGACUCCCAGGGAAUCUUCCCCAAAACCACCGACUCCAGAGCCAGUUGUGCAAGAAAAUCAAUCCAAAACAGAGAGUCAGGAUUCACUGAUGGAGAAAGAGGUUCGAACAGAUGAGACUGUGAGUGAAAAGAUGGAUGGACUGACUGCAGAUAGUAAUUUUGAUGAAAGAUCUAGCACAAGUGGAUUCUCAGAGAAGGACAUGAGUAUUUCAGAGGAACCAUUGACUGAAGGAGAUAACUUGGGUCAGAGUAUCCACUCACCUUCUGAUAUGGCCCAAAGCUCUUUAGCAGAAGAGAAAAUGCAAGAGGAGAAAGAGAGCGAAAAGGUGUACGAAGAAAAACAAGAGUUGGUAAAAGAAGACAAUGAAAGAGUUGACUAUGCAGUUGAGUCAAAAGCUAAAGAACAUGCAGACGAGAAGACAAGUACUCCAAUAACAUCUUCUGAGAUGAUCAUAAGCACAAGUUCGGUUAUGGUGAAACCAACCCAAGAACCUUAUCAGCCCCCAGGCGCUGUUACUUCAACAUAUAUAACACCCUCACCUCCUACCCGAGUUGUUCUUCCAGAUGGAAGAGUGUCAGCUUACGCCAGCAUAAUGCAGACCAUCAUGGUGCCUUCAGUUCAGCCUCUGAACGAGGUGCCCCUUUCCCCUUCCACUCCAGUUGUUGUUCCAGCCAAUACUGGCACAUCAUCCGACUUACUCAGUUCACCAAAGCCAAUCAUGUCAACCACCGAGCACCCUGCAGUCUACGCUAGAGUCGCAUCGCCAGAAAUGAUCACAAAAGAACCCAGUCCGCCGAAGACCUAUUCACAAACGUCACCCCAGCAAGGGGUCUCAGCCGGAGCUGAUUUAGAAGAUAUGACCUCUGAAGAGGUUUUUGAGGCCCGCUUCAAAAAACGUGAAUCUUCCCUCACAAGGAGUCUGAAGUUUCUCUCAAGAUCAAAGAAUGAAGACAGUACACCGGCCAUCCAGGCAACAUCAGACACAUCUGAAGAGAUAUACAGACCUGGGCCGAUUGGCGCUCCCUUACAGUUAGCCUCAAGAAGACUUGAGGAAAAGUCCAAGUCGGUCCAAGACCUUCGUGAAGCUCAAAAGGAUCAAGGGUUCAUGAGGAGACUCUCUAUGCGCUUGAAGAGAACUCCAUCGACAGAGCGCACAGAUGAAGUAUCGAAAGACGACGACUCAGCAGGUUUAAGACAAAGGCUGUCUUGGAGUCUUGGCAGACGAGGUUCUCAGGAAAAGAAAGAGGUAGAGAUGACCAAGAUGGAUGGAGAUAGUGAUAAGCCAGUGGAUGAAAAGGAGCUGAAGAAACCUAAUGAAUCACCAGUGUUGGCGAUGCGCAGAAAGAUUGAAUCAACCGUGGCAGGGAUCUCCACAAGAAUUCGAAGUUACUCAGAAGAGAGACGAGCCUCAGAAGACAAGGAAACAAAACGAGCACCAAUUCUUUCUAUGCUUCGUCGAUCAACAUCAGAGAGUCGAGCUAUGAAGCCUAUCAUUGUUCCUCAGAACCAACUGGCGUCUCAGGCCACUAAUGGUGCCUCAUCCGAGUCUCUUGACUCGAUGUCCAGCCUAAAGUCAGACACAUCCAAGGGCAUUGAAGUUGAGCGGAGAUCCAGAUGGGAUCGAUGGGGCUUGACAAGAGGCAAACGAGACAAAACAGUAUCACAGCCUGACUUACCAACGGCCAUCUCCAGAGACAGCAGUUCCUUACGUUCACGGCAGUACUCCAAAUUAGCUUCAGAUUUUCCUCCUGUGUUCCAUAUCAAGCUCAGAGAUCAUGUCCUCCUGGAGGGUGACCCAGUAACCCUUAGCUGUCUGCCAGCUGGAAGCCCCCAUCCACACAUCGCCUGGGUAAAAGACAAGAAGCCUUUAGAAAUUGAUGCUAGAAUGAACAUGAUUUCCUGCCCUGAUGGCCGACAGCUGCUAAUGAUCAUGCAAACCACCAAAAAAGAUGCUGGGGUGUAUGAGUGUGUUGCUACGAACCCCCUGGCCGCCGUGUCCAGCUCUUGCACUAUAUCCCUCGCUCGCUUGCCUAAUCGUCCUGGGACCCCAGAGAUUCCUCAGAAAUAUAACAACACAGUGUUAGUGGUGUGGCGACCCUCGGACACAAUGGCCCCCUGCACUUACUCUCUGGAGAGGAGAGCAAAAGGUGAAAGCAACUGGCUGAUAGUUGCAACCGGAGUGGCAGACUGUUACUACAAUGUGACUGACCUGCCAGCAGGGGGCUCCUUCAGGUUCAGAGUGGCUUGUGUCAACAAAGCCGGUCAGGGCCCCUACAGCAACCUGUCAGAGGUUGUGACUCUGGAUCCCACUGAACCAGCCAAGUCCAGUUCCUCUGUGGUGGUGAAGACCGUUCCCGCCACAAGUCCAGCGCCCCCUGUGGUCAUGAUGUCGUCCAUGAAAGUGCCUCCCAUUAAACCAGCUCCCAGUAAAUCCACUACUGUGACCACAGUCCCAACUCCUGCAUCUUCAGUGGCUAAAUCUCCGUCUCCUGUAGCCAUUAAGCCAGCUGUUGGCCAUCCUGCAGGAACUGAACCCACCUCAGCUGACCAAGCGCCAGUCACACCCCCGAAAGCCAAGACCUCCAUCAGCAUCAGCGUCAGCAAACCUCAGGCGAAGCUGACGCCUCCGCCUGUUGUUCCACCCAAACCCCAGAGUCCUGUUCUUGCAUUCCCUUCAACGAUUAACAAGCCACCUUCUCCGGUACCAACGUCUGCUCCUCCAAUCGGGAAGCCGAUUUCCUCUGUGCCAAUGUAUGUUCCCGCAGCAACAGCUCGUUCUACGCCGCCUUCUCAAGUUGCUUCCACUCCAGCGACGACAGCGCCCUCCAUCACUCCGCUCGCACUUUCCCCUCCCGUUGUGAUAGUGCAGAGCCUGACGCCGGUUCUGCAGGGAGGGGACAGUCGCGGUACUCCAAGUGGACGGAUCACCCCGUCUGGACGCCUCACACCGUCUGGACGCAGGACGCCGCUGGGCAAGGCUGGGGAGGGAUCUUUACGCCAGGGCGUUCCGCAGAAACCUUACACCUUCAUGGACGAGAAAGCAAGAGGCCGGUUCGGUGUGAUCCGCGAGUGUCGUGAGAACGCCACAGGAAACCUCUUCAUGGCGAAGAUCGUUCCCUACGAGGCGGACACCAAGCAGGCGGUGCUGCAGGAGUACGACAUCCUCAAAUCCCUCCACCACGACAGGAUCAUGGCGCUGCACGAGGCCUACGUCACGCCGCGCUACCUGGUGCUCAUCUCUGAGUACUGCAGCGGGAGGGAGUUGCUCUACAGCCUCAUAGAAAGGUUCCGUUACUCUGAGGAUGACGUGGUGACGUACAUCGUGCAGAUCCUCCAGGGUCUGGACUACCUCCACGCGCGCCGCAUUCUGCACCUGGACAUCAAGCCGGAGAACAUCAUAGUGACGCACAUGAACCUUAUCAAGAUCAUCGACUUCGGCAGCGCUCAGACGUACAACCCUCUGUUCCUCAAGCAGUUCAGCCCUCCGAUUGGAACGCUGCAGUACAUGUCUCCGGAGAUGUUGAAGGGAGACGUUGUGGGUCCUCCGGCUGACAUCUGGAGCGUGGGUGUGUUGACUUUCAUCAUGUUGAGUGGCAGGUCGCCUUUCAUGGAAAAUGAUCCUCAGGAGACUGAAGCCAAGAUCCUGGCCGCCAAGUUUGACCUCUCUAAACUCUACCAGAAUGUGUCCCAAAGUGCCUCCUUGUUCCUGAAAAAGAUCCUCUGUAGCUACCCCUGGGCCCGUCCGUCCAUCAAGGACUGCUUCAGUAACUCCUGGCUUCAAGAUGCCUACCUGAUGCGGCUCCGCAGGCAGACGCUCACCUUUACAACCACGCGUCUCAAGGAGUUCCUGGCCGACCAGCAGCGGCGGCGGCAGGAGGUCGCCACCAAGCACAAGGUCCUACUGCGGUCCUACUCAAGUUCGCCACAAACGCCCACCAGCCCCAACGCGCCGACUGUGCCCGUGUCAGCCUCCACCCCUGUGACUCAGUGAAAACAGGCUUCCAAAUAUCCGCUGGCAGGACGCGCCGUUCCACACACCACUUCCUGGUUCCCAACAGGAAGCUGAGAAACUUCCUUCACCGCUAAGGGAACUCUGGGUAAAGCUGAAGGAAGCGGUAUGAACAUCGUCAUACAGAAGAGGAGGACGCUGUCUUCAAACUAUACCUCAAAGUUUGCAACUUUUACAUUUGUUUUGAAUUUAAUCCUUCUUUUCGUACCACUAAGUUUACGAUAAUGAGAGAAACAUGUUACAGGAGCCUAAUGCGGAAGGCUUAACGAUGUAAUUAGUCGAUGUAAAUAAAACGCUCUCCUCCAAAUUGAGGAAGACUUAUCCUUCAACAAAAUCCAUAUUUAGAUUUGGGCUGGGCAAUAUGGCUGAAAAACAUAUCACAAUACAGGCGUUUCAUAUCUGUCAAUAUUGAUAAUUAUUGAUUAGUUUUUUAUUUUAAAUACUGCCAAACUGGUGGCCUGACCUUUCUGGUUUAUCCAGUUUCCAGUUUCUGCUCCGUUUUUUAUUUCUAAGCAGUUAUUAGACACGGUGGGGGAACUUCAAACUGCUGCUGGCUUAGUUACCCAGCAGGCUCUUGCUAGGUAACCGACGUUGGUUGCUAGGUAACUGACCUUGAAACCGCACCCAGCAGGUUGUUACUAAGCAACUAGAGAGAUAGUGAGUUGAUGAGUUAGUUGAUUCCACCAGCUUUGUUUAGCUAGUCUGGAGAGGUUGAACAGCUAAAGUCUUUCCUCUGCCUACAUCCCCCAGAAUGCCGUGCGAUUCUGGAUCAGAUUUCAGUGAAAUUACUGGACAUUCUAUCUAUUGAUAUUGAUCACAUGCAUACUGCAAUAUAUAAUGUUAUUGAUUUAUUGUCCAGCCCUAAUUUAGGUCAAGAAAUGAAGACAGUUUAGUUUAUGUUUUGCCUGCUUCUGUUUCCCAGAUUAACAGCGGAGUGGUUAACGCUGUUCUCGAACGUCUCAGCUGUGCUACACGUGCACCGAUGUCGCUGUAGCAUCUCAGUGAAGGUCAGGAAUGUAGCAUUUCAAGAAUUAACUACUUCCCGUUUUGAUUUUUUCGUUUAAUGUCUUCAGUUCAGAAGUCACAUCAAUGGCUUCCAUACAAGGGCUACAAGUAAAGAAUCUGAACAUCUGCUGAUCAUAAACAGGAAAAAAGCGACGACUGUCUAACUUUUUUAAAUGUUGUGAUACGGUUACUAUCUUCACUCUUCCAUAUAAAACUAAUUUUCUUCCAGCAGGGAUGUUAACAGCAGAAGUGUUUCUCUAACAGCAGGUACGGAGGAUAGCAACCUUUAGCAUACAACUAAAAAACGACAGCACAUUUCUACACAAAUAUUAGCAUAUUAAUUUUCAGUCUCAAUCAUGUCUAGCUAUUAGUUAGUGAAUCCUAAGGUCUUAAACAACAACACUAUGAACUAAUUUAGUAUUCAGAACAGUAAAUAACUGCCUGAAGUUCUCAUAUUGGAAAAAAAGGUUUCUAAACUGCUACUUUUCUAACUUCCUGUCACACCUAGCUAUGCUGCAGUACUAAUACUUGGAACAUAAUAAGCUAAUACUUAGAAAAUAAACAGUCCUGAAAGUUUUUGCUUUCUUUGAAGCAAAGGCUCAUACGAGUUUUUAAAUGCUAGUUCUUUAGCUUUAUGUAGCAGCUAGCUACAGUGCAGUUACAACAUGACAGUUAGAUUCAGUCAAACUUUGAAAAAAAAUUCUGUCCUUUCUAUUUUUACAAGUUAGAAUUAUUAGAGAUCAUCAGUAAUGAGGCCAGGCUAGCAGCACUGCAAUGCUAGCACUCAAUCUCCUACUUUUCAAACUUCUGGAGGUCAAUAGCUGUGCCGUUGUGCUAACAUCAGCUUGAAGAAUCAAGAAGAAAGUCAGUUUGUUAUAUUAUUCCCUUAAUGUGUCACACCAAUUAGCAUUUUUGUUAGCAUUAUUCCCCAUGAAACAAAAAACAUUUUCUUCCCUCACAGUUUUCUGCUGUUCAGUUGCUGAAAUCUACUGAACAGUAGCUCAGUAGUUAGCUAGCUAGGGGGUUAGCUAACUGUUUCCCAUUCUAAAACCUACAGGGCUUACAAAGAAAGCUAGCCACCUGUUCACCCAGUUCACCCAAACACUUCCAGUCAGAUAAGUGUGACGUAUUUAAUCCAGAGGUAAUUGCACUUUUUUUAAAGCUAAAUAUAGUUUUUACUAUAUGCUUUUCUCAAACAGACUCCAGCUAACUGUUAAUUUGAGUAGGACUAAAGAAAUAAAGUAAAUGAAUAACUGGAUUAGAGUUCUCACAGUGAGUUGCAGAGUGUUCAAGAAUUUAAUCUGAAUUACUUUAUAAAUCUCUAAAUACCCCUAAAGAGCAGCAGCUAGCAUGUAAAGGUUAGGAAAGUUAUUGCUUUAGCUAAUGCUUUUUUUUUUUUAGCUAAUGCUGUUUUUGUCAUUUUCUUUUUGUACAGUAUUGUUUCUGAAAGGCACAAAUCUUUUGGCAUUGCUAAUUAUUUACAACACACUGUAAACUGUAGACUGAAUGUCAAAAUCAGAUACUCAAACAUGCUCAGUUUCAGCACAUUGACAUUUACAGAUUCUAGUCAUUUAAUCGUAAAUGAACAGUUCGGCUGGUUUAGUUUCAUGUACAGUGAACCAGGUUCAGCCUAUUCAGUAUUUGUGGGAAAAUUUGAUAAUUUACAUUUUUUUCCAUAAAGUAAUGCAACUUGAGAAGCUAUUGGCUAUUUUUACAAAGCAGCCAAUCUGGAAGUGCCAUUUUCUUUCCUUGGCACUGAUUGGCUGUAACCCCAAGACAGGAAAUAAGGAAGACUGUGAAUGUUAGCUCGUUCCCACUGUGUGUAUUAAUUAAUAAUAAAGUAUGUUUUGUGUUUGAACUAUUAAAAUAGGCAGGUUUUUUAAAGUUAUUGCAGAUUUUAACUGUUGGCUCUGGUCAGUCGCCUCCACAGGGUUCACUGUAUCUUUACUUUCUAUCUGGUCACGUUUGAUUUUAAAAGCAGCAUACAUAAUAUUUUUAUAUGGAAGCACAUUUUAAAGUAACUUAAGGAAAAUAACUAUCAUUUCAAGAAGUCACCAGUUAUAUAUUUAUAUGUUUACAAACUGACAAAUGCUGCUGAUUUUUCUGUGAAAUCUUUUCACAGGUUUAUUUAUUCUGUUUGGUUUGGCCGACUGAUUCCGCCCCUCUUCUAUAUUUGCAUUGCAGUCAUUUUUCUAUGCAGAAAACUUCAACCUGAAUGAAAACAUGGGCAUGCAAGUGCAAAAAAGUGUUGUGCAGUAUGAGAACCCAAUUCCUCGAUGACUAAAUGAAGUGACAGGGUUUCGCCACGUUUUGUAGAAUAAUCAGAAGAUAUUUUGUUGCAGUGCCUCGUGAUGAAGUUUAGACUCAGAGGGUAAAAAUAAUGUAGUUUAAAGGAUGACUUGUUUAUUUUUAAUGUGAGCGCUUUGUGUGUGUGCGUGUGUGUGUUUUGGCUAAAAUUGUUAAUUUCUUGAGCGACUGUGUUUGUCACUAUGGCUUCAGCUUUUUAUUUGUGAAAUGGCUUGACAAGUGUUACUGUUAUGAAAAAUAAAGGAAACAAUUAAAUAUAA